AUGGCAUCUUUUCAAAUGGCCGACUCGACCGCCCCCUCACCAAGCAGCGACGCCCCGCUCGCCCCUGGCAAGACAUGGAGCAAGAACGCCAUGAAAAAGGCCAUGCGGGCCGAGGCCAGUGGCGCUGCUGGGGCAAAGCCCAAGAAGGAAAAAGAUCCGAACCGCUGGGCGCCCAAGAGCGAUUCCAAGAAGACCCGGAAAGCCGCGAGUACGACCACGAUCGAGCCGUUUGUUAAUAAGACGCCCAAGGGACAGAAGAAAGAUGUACAGACCGAACCGAUGCUGGCGGCCUACCACCCUGUUGCUGUGGAGGCGGCGUGGCAGGAUUGGUGGGAAGCUUCGGGCUUUUUCUCGUGUGACGACGACAAGAUCCAGCAGGCUAAGCCGGACGAGCGCUUUGUCAUGGUCAUCCCUCCCCCUAAUGUUACGGGAUCGCUUCACUUGGGUCACGCUCUAACAGUAGCGAUUCAGGACGCACUUACCCGUUGGCAUCGGAUGUUGGGCCACGCCACGCUGUGGGUGCCUGGUACUGAUCACGCUGGCAUUGCAACCCAGUCGGUCGUGGAGAAACGGCUGCUGAAAGAAGAAGGCAAGAGUCGCCAUGACAUUGGUCGAGACGCGUUUCUCCAGCGCGUGUGGGACUGGAAGAACCAGUACGAGAGUCGCAUCCACCACCAGUUCCGCAGCGUCGGGUGCUCGGUGGAUUGGGACCGGCAGUACUUUUCAAUGGACGACAAGUGCAGUCACGCUGUGCGUCAUGCGUUUUGCCAGCUCUGGGAGGACGGACUGAUCUACCGAGCUACGAGGAUGAUCAACUGGAGCUGCAAGCUCAAGACGGCGUUGUCGGAGAUCGAAGUGGACUACAUUGACAUUGAGAAACGCACCAAGAUGGCUGUUCCUGGACACAAUGUGGACCGCAAGUAUGAGUUUGGCGUGCUCACGUCGUUUGGCUACCCGGUGGAGGGAGCACCCGAUGAGCAGGUGAUCGUUGCGACGACGCGACUUGAGACUAUGCUGGGGGACUCGGGUGUAGCAGUGCACCCGGAAGAUUCGCGAUACAAGCAUUUGCAUGGAAAGCACGUGAUCCACCCGUUCAAUGGUCGUCGCAUUCCUAUUGUGCUAGACUCUAUUCUGGUGGACAUGACCUUUGGUACAGGUGCUGUGAAGAUCACGCCGGCUCAUGACCCGAACGAUUAUGAGUGUGGAAAGCGGAACAACCUCGAGUUCAUCAAUGUACUCACGGACGACGGGGCGAUUAACGAGAAUGGCGGCGAAUUUGCUGGUAUGAUGCGUUACGACGCGCGUAUUGCUGUCGAGAAGGCGCUCGAAGCGAAAGGACUGUAUCAUGGCAAAGUAGAUAACAAGAUGCGUCUUGGUGUUUGUUCACGCUCGGGAGAUAUCAUUGAACCGCUUGUAAAGCCGCAGUGGUUUGUCAAUUGCGACCAGAUGGCGAAAGAUGCCAUGGCUGCUGUCACGAACAAAGAGCUGACGAUUCUGCCUGAAACGCACGAGAAGACGUGGUUUCGCUGGUUGGAGAAUAUCCGUGACUGGUGUAUCUCGCGUCAAUUGUGGUGGGGGCACCGUAUCCCGGCUUACUUUGCUCGCAUCAAGGGCGAGUCGUUUAUUGACAAGAACUCGGACGAUGCUAGCAACCGCUGGUUGGCAGGCACUAGUGAAGAAGACGCGCGUCAGAAAGCAUCGAAGAAGCUCGGUGUAGCUGAAGACCAGAUCGAGUUAGAGCAGGAUGAAGAUGUUCUUGACACGUGGGUGAGUGCGGGUCUGUUCCCGUUUGCGGUGUUUGGCUGGCCUGACAAGACGGGCGAUGUUGAGAACUUCUACCCGACGGACCUGCUCGAGACGGGCUAUGACAUUUUGUUUUUCUGGGUGGCGCGUAUGGUUUUCAUGGGCCAGAAGCUUACAGGUAAGCUGCCGUUCAAGACGAUUUAUCUGCACUCGAUGGUGCGUGACAAGUACGGCCGCAAAAUGUCCAAGAGCCUCGGCAACGUUGUCGAUCCGCUCGAAAUCAUUGCUGGGUGCUCUCUCGACGACUUGUUCAAGAAGCUCGAGAGCGGUAACCUGCCGGCAAAGGAAGUCGAGAAAGCCAAGAAGGGUCAAAAGCUGGAUUUCCCGCAGGGUAUUCCAGAGUGCGGUGCCGACGCGCUGCGUUUCGGUCUGCUAGCAUACACGCAACAAGGCCGCGACAUUAACCUGGAUAUUGGCCGUCUCGUUGGCUAUCGCAACUUUUGCAACAAGCUGUGGAACGCGGUGCGGUUUGCCAUGUCCAACCUCGAGGGUGGGUUUGCAGCAGCUGAAAACGUCGCUGACACGGUGAUGUCCAAUGCAGUGGUAAGCUCUCGUGACCGCUACAUCCUGAGUCGCUUGAACCACGCAAUCAAGGUCUGUAAUGACUCGUUCGCCGCGUACGAGUUUGGCGAGCUGACAAACGCCCUGUACACCUUUUGGCUCUACGACCUCUGCGAUGUGUACCUUGAGCUCACAAAGCCCGUGAUUGCUGGUGACAAUGCGGAAGCGAAGCUCACGGCCCAACAGACGUUGUACGUGUGUCUGGAGUUCGGUCUACGCCUGCUUCACCCGUGCAUGCCGUUUGUGACGGAGGAGUUGUGGCAGCGUCUACCAGGCAAACGCCCUACUGCCAGCAUCACGAUUGCAUCGUACCCGUUACCUGUGGAGGGAUGGACGAAUUCCGAUGUCGAAACGAACAUGGAGCUUGUGAAGGACGUGAUUCACGCUGCUCGAUCCGUCCGUGCCGAGUACGGACUCGCGAACAAUGUGCGUCCGCAGUUUUUCAUCAAAUGCAUUGACAACGACGUGAAGGCGGUGAUCGAAGCGCAGUUGGAUGACUUUGCUACAUUGGCCAAGGCUGGCGAGUCGAAGUGCCUUGUGGAGGAAGAAGCACCAGAGGGAUGUGCUGUGCACAGUGUCAACGAUAAGGUGCAGAUUUUCGUGCGGCUUGCUGGUCUCGUGGACUUUGCCAAUGAGAUCACCAAGCUCGAGACGAAGUUGACAAAGAUUGCGCCGUCUUUGGCUAGUUUGAUGAAGAAGAUGAGCUGUGAUGACUACGAGACAAAGGUGCCGGAUUCAGUGCGGGAGGCUGAUGCCGCAAAGAAGGUCGCAUUGGAAACCGAAGAGGCGGGGAUCCAUCGUGCUAUUGCCGACUUCAAGCGUCUCUUGUGA